AUGCAGGCUGGCGCGGUGUAUACACCACGCCCACGGAACGUUGGGAUCUUGCGGUCGCCACAUACGCCCGGCACGGGAAGUAGUGUACGAUUCGGAAUGCGGACGUACGAAGAUGGCGAGGAAAGUCUGUUGACGGCCUCGGUAAGCAGUGCCGCAGAACACAGCGAUUCCCAGGAUGUAUCCUUGGGAUUAUCGAGUGAUUCCAUGGAUAUGAGUUUCCCAGAGAGUUUCCUACGUCGAGAAGUCGAUGAAGCACUAGCUGGCCUGGAUGACAGUCCUAGUGUACCCUCUGCACCGUACACGCCAGCACGGACGUUGGACCAGGAGAUGGGAGCGCCGUCAACGCUCCGUCCCUCUAAGAAUGCCUCUGUGCUGGACGACGAGAGUACGAGUCCCCCUGACUCGCCGCCGGCGCAUGUAGGAGCGUGGCACACGAGCCCGGAUCCAGCGUCGACGUCGCCUUUGCUCUCUUCGCCGACCAUCCGCGCAGCAGAUCGACGUCCUCCGCCCCCUUCGACGCCAUCGGAUACGUCGGUGUCCAGCCCUGUACCCUCGUCGUCGUCGUCGUCACCGCCACCGCCACCGCCACCGCCGUCCUAUCCAGAGGAGCCAAACGAGGCAGAGGCACCCGACGCAGAGCCGCCUACUGCAUCGCCAGAGAUACCACACGAAGAGGAGACUUCGCAGGCAAGUAUGCCAGCCAUGGAGAAUGCGCCUGGCCCCAGCACACCUGUCUCUCAAGUGACCCGUCCUCGCGCAACGCCGAGCCGCACAGACUCGAGCUUUGCAUCCAGCGGUACGACGUGGGCCACACCGCAAAGCCAUGCAGGCUCGCAAGCCACAACACGCAGCCCGAAAAGCCCGAGUCAUUGGCCGGGAAUGUACGAGUACAGCUACAUGACCGACAAGGAUGAGCUAGACGACAAAGAUACCGGUACCUUGGUCCCCUUUGCCAUGGAAGAACUGUCGUCCAAGCUUCUGUCCACGUCGACGCUGGGCGAUGUGGAUGCUACUGAGCUUAUGGAUAUGAUUGCAGCCUUGGAUCGCACCCAUACAGAACGGACCAUCUUUUUGCAGCACAGACUUGCGCGAUCACAUCGGCUCACGCAAGUGUUACGGGAUGCUCUGCAGCAGGCGCAGGACAAGAUUCAUGUGUUUGAAGAGCAUUUGCAGACGUUUUUGAAGCGCAAGGCUCAGUUGGAGAUGGAGCAGUCGGAUACUAUGCAUGCCGAGCUGCGCACAUUAACCGAGCAGUUGGAAGCGCGUCUAGCUACGCUGCACGGCCCGCUGCUCAUUGAGCCGGCGCAGACGUCAAGUACGGCUGCGUUGGCCCAUGUUCGCGCAGCGCUGGACGCUGAGCGCGAGACGCUGGAGCGGGAGAAGCAGCAGCUGGCGAUAGAGCGGCGUGACUUGGAAGUACGUCUUGCGACGCCAGUAUCCACGUCGCUGGACGUGGAUAUCCAAUCGAUCCGGGAGGCGUGUCAGCAAGAUGCAGAAGUGCGUGUGCUCAUGGCUCGGCAGGAAGCCGCGGAAGAAAUUCGCGCCUUGCAAGUGCAGUUGGCCGAAGCGCAGACGGCACCCAGUGAAGGCGAGGCAUGGCAGGCACGAUGUAAGGACUUGGAAACGCAAUUGGAAGCCGUGCGUGGCACGCUUGAAAAGACCACUGUGUCCGACGAUGCAUGGAUGAGGGAGCGGCAGGCCUUGGUCGAGGCACGAACGCGCGCUGAGGUGCAGUUGGAUACAUGCCGAUUGGAAUGGGAAACCAAACUCGAAGAGGCGACGCAACACUAUGAAACCCUGCACGACGAGUACACCCAGCAGCAGCGUGCAUGGCAGGCACAGCAAGACGAGAGGGAAGCUACGUGGAAAGCCGAACGGCAUACGCUGCAGCAACGCAUAUGGUCGUUAGAACGUGAUGUCGCGGCACGUGAGAUGGAGUUGCAGCAUACGCAGGCGCAGCGUGAUACGUUAGAGAAAGAGACGCAACACUUCUCCUUGGCUCUCGCAGCGAAAGAUCAGGAGCUCAGUAUGCUCAAGCGCGGCACGCAAGGUUCGGCGUACUGGCAGCUAAUUACACACCGCCCAGAGCGGCGCGCAUUGGACUCCCUGACCAACCGCCCGCCACGGUCCACCCAAGACACGGUCGAGCGUGCAAAGCAGGUGCGCCGCGCCGUCGCUACGCGGCGCGUCUCCACGGCCGCCGCGGAGUGA